ACCUCAAUGCGUUUGCAGAGCUGCUAGGUGGAGCCCGCGUCCAUAGAGCCAGAUGAUGAUCCAGAUCCGGGUUUUCUCUGCUUCCUCUGAUUCUCCCUCCCUUUCCCCCAACUCAACCCCCCUCCCCUGCUUUUUCUGCGCUCUCUGCUCCCUGGCUAGCUCUCCUCUCAUUCUGCUUGGGCUCCAGCAGCAUUCGCCUCUUCCGGGCUGCACAGUCCCAGCUCUUUCGCGGAUUACCCUGGCACCCGGCGAGGUGCCCCUUUGCCUGCUCAUUCUCUCAGCGCCUCUUCUCCCAGGACCCGGGAUGCAGCUGCUGCCGCUGGUCCUAGAGGGGGCUGCCUCUGGCUUUUCUUGGACUGCUUGCCUGCUCUGCUCCAGCAGCUGCUGCUGGCUGUGAAUCGUCCCCCUCCCCUCUCUCCCGCCCUCCCCCCUUUCUCUUCCUCCGUGAGUGUAUGAGCGUGUGUGUGUGUUGCACGGUUUGAUUUGGCAGGAGCUCGCUGUGUGUGUGUGUAUGUGUGUUGUGUGUAUGAUCCUCUCUCUCUCUUGGUGAGUCGAAGAGAAAGAGGAGGAGGUGGAGGAGGAGGAAGAGGAGGAGGAGGAGGAGGAGGAGGAGGAGGAGGAGGAGGAGGAGGAGGAGGAAGAAAAGGAGGAGGAGGAGGAGGAGGAGGAGGCGGCGGCGGCGGCGGCUGGGAGAAGGGGGGUCGGGCAAUGAAGCUCCCACAUGCCCGCAGCUCCCUGGCUCAGCCCGCAAGCUAAACAGCUACACCCCCCGGGCUCAGUCCUUUGCUCCGCCCGGAGCUUCUGCACCUCGGCCGCUGUUUGGUCUGCGCUCCACCGCUUUGCACGGGAGAAGGAGUUUUUGUGGUCCUCUCCCUCAUUCUCUGGGCAGGUUACAGGCGGGAGAGAGAAACCUUCGCUGGGAAAGAACAACAGGAGGAGGUGGUGGCUUUGGGAGAGAAAAAACCCUCCCUGCCCCCCUUGGCUCUCCCUACCUAUUUCAUCUCUUUCACUCCAAGCUGAAAAGAGGAGGACGAGGAAGAAGAAGAAAAAGAAAAGAGAAAGGGGGGGUGGAGUUCUCGGAGGGAGGGGGGGGACUGGCAAUAAAGAUCAGCUGGGGGGAUGGUGGAAGAUUUUUGGUCUCUUCAGCACCGUCUUCUCCUGAGCAGCAGCAGCGGCAGCGGCGGCAAGAGGAGGAGGAGGAGAAGCAGCAGCAGCUCGUGCAAUGACUGCCGCAUAUUAAUAGCUGACGAUUUGGUGUGGGCGCUGCUGCUGGAGACAUAACCUUACUCUGAAGUUGGGCAACUGACUAGGAAAUACAUUUUUUUUUCUUUGCUCCUUUCCCCCUCUCCUCUUGGUGUGUAUAUCAGUAAGAAACAAAAAGGAAGAAAAGCCUUUCCCCCCCCCCCUCCUCUCCCUUCCUCCCUUGAUGGAGGUGGCUAUGUAGCAGAACAAGAAGAAGGGGAAGGAGACACUUUUUUUUUUCCUUAUCCUUGCCUGGGUUUUCCACCCUUCUGCUACCCGUUCUCGAGCUUCGAUUAUUAUUUUUGUUUUAGGGGGAGGAGGUUGUCUUUACUGUAGCAGGUCCAUCUUUUCCCCCUGGGUUCCAUGGCUGGAUUGUGGGAGCAGCUCCUGGCUACAGGCUGUUGAGCAACUGAUGGGACUAUCUCAGGAACCGGAGGUUACAAAAGAAAUGUUGAUUGCUGUGAUCUUCAAAAAAAAAUAUGGAUUUUUAGCAAUUGAAGAGCAAGUCAAGGUCUUGGACUCUGGAUAUUUGUGUUUUUAUUUUUAAACAUUUUUAAGGGAGGUUGUUUUUUUCUUUUUUAUUUUGUUCCCCUCCCUUAAAGUAGAGCCAUCUACUUCUUGGAGUACAGAAGAAGGAAUAGAAGGACACUUAUUUCAUUUCACUUUUGAAGCACUCAUUGCUGAGCAACCUUCAAGUCACGGUACACAGCCAUGUGGUCAUCACAGCUGCUAUUCUUCAUGACGCUCUUUGCACCAAUUGUUCAUGCUUUCAGUCGUGCCCCAAUUCCAAUGGCUGUGGUCCGAAGGGAACUAUCCUGUGAAAGCUACCCAAUCGAACUUCGAUGUCCAGGAACAGAUGUUAUCAUGAUUGAAAGUGCCAACUAUGGUAGGACUGACGAUAAAAUCUGUGACUCUGAUCCUGCUCAGAUGGAGAAUAUCCGAUGUUAUCUACCAGAUGCCUAUAAGAUUAUGUCUCAAAGAUGCAAUAACCGAACACAGUGUGCUGUGGUAGCAGGCCCUGAUGUGUUUCCAGAUCCAUGUCCAGGCACCUACAAAUAUCUUGAAGUGCAGUAUGAAUGUGUCCCUUACAAAGUGGAACAAAAAGUUUUUCUUUGUCCUGGACUGCUCAAAGGCGUAUACCAGAGUGAGCAUUUGUUUGAGUCUGACCACCAGUCUGGGGCAUGGUGCAAAGACCCCCUUCAGGCUUCAGACAAGAUUUAUUACAUGCCCUGGACUCCUUACAGAACGGACACACUCACAGAGUACUCAUCCAAGGAUGAUUUCAUUGCUGGAAGGCCAACGACUACUUACAAGCUCCCUCAUCGGGUAGAUGGCACAGGAUUUGUCGUCUAUGAUGGAGCUUUGUUCUUCAAUAAGGAACGUACAAGAAAUAUAGUUAAGUUUGAUUUGCGGACUAGGAUAAAGAGUGGGGAAGCCAUCAUAGCUAAUGCUAAUUACCAUGACACAUCCCCUUACCGGUGGGGAGGCAAGUCUGACAUAGACUUGGCAGUAGAUGAGAAUGGGUUAUGGGUCAUCUAUGCAACAGAACAGAACAAUGGUAAAAUUGUCAUUAGCCAAUUAAACCCUUACACUUUAAGGAUUGAAGGGACAUGGGAUACAGCGUAUGAUAAAAGGUCAGCUUCCAAUGCAUUUAUGAUAUGUGGGAUUUUGUAUGUGGUCAAAUCUGUAUAUGAAGAUGAUGACAAUGAAGCUACAGGGAAUAAGAUAGACUACAUUUACAAUACGGACCAAAGUAAAGAUAGUUUGGUGGAUGUACCAUUUCCCAACUCAUACCAGUACAUAGCUGCUGUGGAUUACAACCCUCGGGACAAUCUACUUUAUGUAUGGAAUAAUUAUCAUGUUGUGAAGUAUUCUUUGGAUUUUGGACCUCUGGACAGCAGAUCAGGGCAGGCACAUCAUGGGCAAGUUUCAUACAUCCCUCCACCUAUACACCUGGACUCUGAGGUGGAAAGACUCCCUUCUAAAGAAAUCUCCACCACCGGACCGGUUGGCCUGGGAAGCACGACUACCACCACGAGUACAACCUUCAGGAUCACUACUGGAAGCCCCGGGAGGAGUACCACCACUUCCGUGCCAGGGAGAAGGAACAGAAGCACCAGUACCCCAUCCCCAGCGGCUGUGGUACCAGAUGAAAUCACUACUCACGUUCCGCCUGCUUCCUCUCAGCUACCAGCUCAGGAUGAGAGCUGUGAAGCGGUGGAAGCUCGGGAAAUCAUGUGGUUUAAGACCCGUCAAGGACAAAUGGCAAAACAGCCAUGCCCUGCCGGGACAGUAGGUGUGUCUACCUUCCUCUGUUUAGCCCCAAAUGGAAGUUGGGAUCCUCAAGGACCAGAUCUCAGCAAUUGUUCUUCUCCCUGGGUCAAUCACAUAACACAGAAGUUGAAAUCUGGUGAGACAGCUGCUAACAUCGCCAGAGAGCUUGCUGAGCAGACGAGAAAUCAGUUGAAUGCUGGGGAUAUCACCUACUCAGUCCGUGCAAUGGAUCAACUGGUAGGCUUAUUGGAUGUUCAGCUGCGAAACCUAACUCCUGGUGGAAAAGACAGUGCUGCACGUAGUUUAAACAAGCUUCAGAAAAGAGAGCGCUCUUGCAGAGCCUAUGUCCAGGCAAUGGUUGAGACAGUUAACAACCUGCUCCAGCCACAGGCUUUGAAUGCAUGGCGAGACCUCACGACAAGUGAUCAGCUGCGUGCAGCUACCAUGUUACUUGACACUGUGGAGGAAAGUGCUUUUGUGCUGGCUGAUAACCUUUUGAAGACAGACAUAGUCAGGGAAAACACAAAUAAUAUUCAAUUAGAAGUUGCAAGGCUAAGUACAGAAGGGAAUUUAGAAGAUCUAAAAUUUCCAGAAAACACAGGCCAUGGAAGUACUAUACAGCUUUCUGCAAAUACCUUGAAACAAAAUGGCCGAAAUGGAGAGAUCAGAGUGGCUUUUGUCCUGUAUAACAACUUGGGUCCUUAUUUGUCCACGGAGAAUGCCAGUAUGAAGUUGGGAACAGAGGCAAUGUCCACCAAUCAUUCUGUCAUCGUCAAUUCCCCUGUUAUUACAGCAGCAAUAAACAAAGAGUUUAGUAAUAAAGUUUAUUUGGCUGAUCCAGUAGUGUUUACUGUCAAACAUAUCAAGCAAUCAGAGGAAAAUUUCAACCCUAACUGUUCAUUCUGGAGCUACUCCAAGCGCACAAUGACAGGCUAUUGGUCAACACAAGGCUGUCGCCUACUGACAACAAAUAAAACACACACUACGUGUUCUUGUAAUCACCUAACCAACUUUGCUGUGUUGAUGGCACAUGUGGAAGUUAAGCACAGUGACGCUGUCCAUGAUCUUCUUCUGGAUGUGAUUACAUGGGUUGGAAUUCUCCUGUCCCUUGUUUGCCUCCUGAUCUGCAUCUUCACCUUCUGCUUCUUCCGUGGCCUCCAGAGUGACCGUAAUACCAUCCAUAAAAAUCUCUGCAUCAGCCUCUUUGUAGCUGAGCUACUCUUUUUGAUUGGCAUCAAUCGAACUGACCAACCAAUCGCCUGUGCAGUUUUUGCUGCCCUCUUACAUUUCUUCUUCUUGGCUGCCUUUACUUGGAUGUUCCUGGAGGGAGUGCAGCUCUAUAUCAUGUUGGUGGAGGUUUUUGAGAGUGAACAUUCACGCAGAAAAUACUUCUAUUUGGUUGGCUAUGGGAUGCCAGCACUCAUUGUUGCUGUGUCAGCAGCAGUAGACUACAGGAGUUACGGGACAGAUAAAGUAUGUUGGCUCCGGCUUGACACCUACUUCAUUUGGAGCUUUAUAGGACCAGCGACCUUGAUAAUUAUGCUUAAUGUAAUCUUCCUUGGGAUUGCUUUAUAUAAGAUGUUUCAUCAUACGGCCAUAUUGAAACCUGAAUCCGGCUGUCUUGAUAACAUCAACUAUGAGGAUAACAGACCCUUCAUCAAGUCAUGGGUUAUAGGUGCAAUAGCUCUUCUCUGCCUGUUAGGACUGACCUGGGCCUUUGGACUUAUGUAUAUUAAUGAAAGCACAGUCAUCAUGGCGUAUCUCUUCACCAUUUUCAAUUCUCUACAGGGAAUGUUCAUAUUCAUUUUCCAUUGUGUUCUUCAGAAAAAGGUACGUAAAGAAUAUGGGAAAUGUCUACGCACACAUUGCUGUAGUGGCAAAAGUACAGAGAGUUCCAUUGGCUCAGGGAAAACAUCUGGUUCUCGAACUCCUGGACGCUAUUCCACAGGCUCACAGAGCCGGAUUCGAAGGAUGUGGAAUGACACGGUUCGAAAGCAGUCUGAGUCUUCCUUUAUUACUGGAGAUAUAAACAGUUCAGCAUCACUCAACAGAGAGGGGCUUCUGAACAAUGCCAGGGAUACAAGUGUCAUGGAUACUCUACCACUGAAUGGUAACCACGGCAAUAGCUACAGUAUUGCCAGCGGCGAGUACUUGAGCAACUGUGUGCAAAUCAUUGAUCGAGGCUACAAUCAUAAUGAGACAGCCCUAGAGAAAAAAAUUCUGAAGGAACUCACUUCCAACUAUAUCCCUUCUUACCUGAACAACCAUGAGCGCUCUAGUGAGCAGAACAGGAACCUGAUGAACAAACUGGUGAAUAACCUCGGCAGCGGGAAUGAAGAUGAUGCCAUUGUCCUCGACGAUGCCACCUCCUUUAACCACGAGGAGAGUCUGGGUCUGGAACUCAUUCACGAAGAGUCUGAUGCCCCUUUGCUGCCUCCAAGAGUUUAUUCCACAGAGAACCACCAGCCACAUCUUUAUACCAGAAGGCGGAUUCCACAAGACAACAGUGAGAGUUUUUUCCCCUUGCUGACCAACGAGCACACAGAAGACCUCCAGUCACCCAACAGGGAUUCUCUCUAUACCAGUAUGCCCGCACUGGCUGGUAUGCCAGGCACAGAAAGCGUUACCACCAGCACCCAGACCGAUCCCCCGCCAGCCAAAAGUGGUGAUGCUGAUGAUGUUUACUACAAAAGUAUGCCAAAUCUAGGCUCCAGAAACCAUGUCCAUCAGCUGCACACUUACUACCAACUAGGGCGAGGCAGCAGUGAUGGAUUUAUAGUUCCUCCAAAUAAAGACGGGUCCUCCUCAGAGGGGAGUUCCAAAGGACCUGCUCACUUGGUCACUAGUCUAUAGAAGAUUAAGCAAAAAUUUAAGCCAACGAAACCCCUAACACCUGGUUUACUGUUCUGAGUUAAUAUAAGCAGUGGUAAUAUUGUGUGUACUCCUAAAUCUUUAUGCUGUUCUAAAGGGAAAAAAAAGGACAAAAAUCAAAAACAAGAAACAAAAACUUUCAGACUUUUUUUUUUACUGGAAUUUUUAGGCCAGCCCAGGGGAGAAUGAUAACUGCUGAAAUUCCCCUCUCCCCCCUCUUUUUGUCCUUCCCCCCUCAGAGACUUCAUUAUGUUAAUGAACGGGAUAUGAAGAAAAUGGCACUCUUUGUGGCCUUCUUGAAUUAAUGCUGUGUUUGUUUAAACAUCUUUGAUGCUCUGUUACUAUUCUGAUAUGGACCUGAUUUUAAAAAGGCCAGAACAUGCAUCUGAAAUUAGUAACAGUGACGCAUCUAGAUUGGAGUGCUGCACAAACAUAACAACAAAACAAAACUCUUUAUUAUCAAUCUGUAUCACCUAAUGGUUUUUGGUCACUCACAACUUGAUUUUACCACAGCAGACUUAGCUGUGGGAUAAAACAAAAUAAAAUAAAAUUCUAAUGAAAUGGAAGGGAAUUCUAGAAUUAUAUGCUAAAUGCAUAUUUUAUGUUUUGCUGUAUUAACUGAUGAUAAAAACUAAUGGCAGAAAAAUUGAACAAUUUCUAUGUAAUGUACAGAUACUAGCAUUGCACAUAUAGUCUGCUUUCCGUUCCUCCAGAACUUGCGUCCCUGUUAAUGUAGUGGAAAACAAAAAACAAAAAACAAAAAAAAAGAACUCUUUCUGUUGUGCUGGUCUUGCAAGUUUGUCUACCAGUAGGAGCAAGAUUUUCAUUAGUUUUUUGGGGGCCAUUUUUUUCUUAAUAUUUCACUGGGCAAAAUAAAUAAAUAAAAUAAGAACUAUCACUUUAUAAGGAUCAUUUUCUAGUAAUGCAAACACAAAUUAUUUUUUACAAAAAAAAAAUUGGAUCUUCUUCCCUCAUUCUGUAUCUUUAUUCAGUGGCUAUAUUGCAAACAGGACUUUUGCAGAUUAGAGCAGGACAAACUUUAUGUUUACAAUGCACAGCUGAUAUAAUACAAAGCCAAUUGGGCAAGAAGUCCCCCACCAAGGCAGUAGGAAUGGACCACGAAACUGAGAGGUAUCUUUAGAAAUAGUGGGGGCUUUCUGCAUGUGAAAAAUGAUAAUCCUCUAGGAGUAAGAGCACUCCUGGUUCAUUUUUGGCUCCCAGAUGAGGAAUUUGUAUUGCAGUUGGUUAAAAAAAAUGACUCGCCCAUAUGACAAAUUGAAAAAUCCAAUUAUUUUGAUGUGACAAAAAAAAAAUCCUCUUUUCAUUACUUUCCCAAAGGGGGAAAAAGUUAUUUAUUUGACAGGAUUUUAAGUAAUGUAGGAUUUCAGGAGGUAAAUUAGCAGCACAGAUUAUAAUUUUUUUUAAUUUAUGAUCCAUUUUGUAUGGUCUCAAAGUUGAAUGACCUCAUUACUAAUAUUUGUUGUAAAAGUGAAACUUGUUUGCCAACCAAUAAACAACUGAUUAAGAUUUAGAAGAUAUUGUAUCUAUGUAUGUACAAUGAAUCAUUCAUUCUCUGUUCAUUUCUUUUGUCUUUUUCCCUUCUAUUUUCAUAUAUGGAACUAGUGAAUUUGUUAAUUCUCUAAGGCAUGAGUGAACCAUGCAAAAGAAAAACCUCCCUGGUUGAAAUACUUAAGCACAAAAAUUAUACAGCUGUAGCAGAUGAAGGAAACCAGAAAAUGGGAUGGUAAUACUUGUGUAGGCUAACGCAAAGGGGACAAAUUCCCUUUCUAGCAGAUUAUAUAUAGGUGUAUUAAAUGCCUAUUAAAUAAAUUACAUUCAAUUGAAGAUUUUAAAGGAUAGGAUUGCUUUGGUUGUAUAAAUUUUCUCCUUUGUAAUUUCCAUUAUAUUAGUUAUAGAUUAACCUGUUUAUUAAAAGCUGCUAAAAAUCAUAGCAAAGAAAAUACAGACCAGCAGCGAGCUCCUCUAAGAUUAUUUGUGGUUAUUUUCCUUUAUUAUAUAAGGAGGAAAUUAAGAAUUAAAUUCUUUCCAUUUAAUCCUCUAGUUCUUCAACAGCCCCAGAACUUUCAUCAGCAAUGUGUAAACGUCAAGCCCAGGUAGUUCAUGAGGGGCAGGGGCAAGAUUAGGAAGAAUUUCAGCAUUACUCUAUUGAUAUGUGUUAUAUACAUAAUUUUGGUAAACUUUCAAAACCUAAACCCCAUUCAGCUAGAAUUUCCAUUUCUUAAAUCAAGACAACCGAGACCAUUAAUUAUAUACCUUAGAGAUUAAUAAGUGAUUCGCGCAUCAUUUAAAUAUAAUAACAAAAGUUCUUAGUCAGCAUACAAGAUGACUAACAUCAAUUGCAAAUUUCCUAAUUUAUAUUUUAAUCUUUUCAGUCAUUUGGGCUGGGUAUGUAUAAUUUCUCCAAACUGAAGAAUAGAACAAUAAUUAUGUUGUCUCAAAAAAAAUAUGGCAAUAUUAGCACCUGAGAGGUAUUUAACCCAUCAGGUACAAAGGAUGAAAUUUGACCUCAAGAGAAAUGCAUUUAGCAAUCUUUAAGGUAACUAUAGAAACCCAGACGUGGGUUGGGGUGCAGAUUUUAAAUCUGACACUUUGUCUGUCAAUCAAGACACAGUCUAUGUAGGCACAAACCACUCUAGGAGAAGCUUGUUUCAUACGAAUAGAGGAAAACUACCUCAAUUCAGCUUGCUGAUACUGCCAAUUCUGGUUUUCAGAUGUUGCUACCUCCACGUUAUCUUUUUUUAUUUUUUGGGCUUUUGUUAAUUGAAAUUUGAAACAGGUAGCCUGCCCCAGUUUGAUAUUGGCCAAGAUGAAGAAAGAUUAUUUUGAUUUUUUCCACAAGUUGAAAAACUGAUGCACAUCACCCAAUAUUGUCAGUUACUAAAAAACUUGCAUCAGGAAAAACAGGCAAGAUUUUUAAUUCCUCUACAUCUCAGUUGGGGAUGUGUUUCCCGAAAGACUUUUAGCAAGAUCCCAAAGACAUUCAUAGAAAGAAAUUGUUACAUAAUUGUUAUGCAAAUAUAAUAAAAUAUUGGUAGAUAAAGCAACUAAUUAUAUCUACCUUUGAAAAGAAGACUGUGUGUAUAUAACAAGAUGGAUAGAUGACUUACCUAUCAAACCUUGUGACAAUGAUAGUUUCUGCUUCCUUAGUCUCCACUUUGAUUCAAUAUGCAUUUCCAUGUCUUUCUACUGAUAUGAGUGCUUUCUUCGAUUUCGAUAUUCUUGCUCCCUAGUCAAGUCAACAAGCAUUAAGCAUCUGCUAUGUGCUAAGCAUUCCAAUUUUUAUAUCCUUUGAAUAUUAAUAUUCCCACAACAUAUUUUACUAUACAUCUCAACUGGAGAGGGAGGAAUCAUUUUCAAUCACGAGGAAAUUGACAUCAAACCCAAAUUAAGGUUUUUCUAAUGCUAUAUUGAUAAUUAGAAGUAAAAAUCAUGACUAUAGAAUAAGCCAGUUGGGUUUUACUUUCACAUUUGAAUCAUUUAUGACAUUUUGUACUUCCUGAACAUGGUUUAAUUUUCUCUUUCAGAGUUAGUUUCACCUCAUUGGACACCAGUAGAUUGAAAAUGCAAAUUAAUCACUACAUAAAUGGAUGGUCUCUGCAAAAUAUCAUAUUACUGAAUAUUGACAUUUGAUGAACAGGUGGUUAGAAUUCUCUUGUACGUCACUCCUAGUGUGCAAAGUUAAAAUUUCUAGGUAAUCCAAUUUAUGUCCAAUCCAUAAAAUGUGAGAACCCUUAAAGUUAAUUCAUAAACAUCUUAAUUUCCAGUAGAAACAUUGAAAAAACAUAGACAUAAGUGCACAUGUACACUAUCUAAAUGCGAAUGCGAAAACUCCUAGAAGUAAGUGAACAGAGAGAGAGAGAGAGAUGAUCCAAAGAGGAAAAUCAAUUAUAGGAGUCACAGAGUAAAAGAAAUUAUAGUUGGCCCAGAAAUCAUCACAAAGACCCACUCAAAACUUUAGUCAGUAGUUUAUAUUUCCAUUGCGUUGCACUAAAUGACCUCUCAGGUUUUCUUAUUCUAGUCUGUGAUCUUCAUCCCAUUAAAAUGUACAAAGUCCAUAAAUAUCAAUGAAUUGAAUUGAAUUUUUUUAUGUUGAGGCAGUUUAAUUUUUAAUAUUGCUCAUAAUAAAUAGAGGGCUAGCCUUGGAGUCAGGAAGACCAAAUUCUUGUCAAACCAUUGAUAUGCUCUAACUUCAUAGGCCCCAGGGAAGUCAUUUAACUUCUCAAUGCUCCAGGUAACACUCUCAUAUUAUAAAUUAUAAAGUUUCAAAUGUGUAUUAAUAGAAGUUGCCAUACUGAAAGUUUCCUAGUAUGAUAAACUCAAGUCUAAAACCACUAAUGCCACUACACCCACCACCACAAACACUUUAUUUUGAGUAUAAAUUCUCAAGAAUUCAAAAUUUGAAAUAACAUGAAAUAACUAAAGUUGUGGUCUUAUUGCAACCUCUCUUCCUCCGAAGUUCUAAAAUUCUCUCCGCACUAAAUGGAUAACAUCAUAUAAAUGUAUAUAUUUCUUUAAAGUCAGUUGUUUCUUCUCUGAUCAUCACUAAGACUUUUUACCAAAGUCACAGAUAAGAAGAAAUUAGCUUAUUCUGGCAUUCGUUUUGACAUGGCCAUUUUGGGGACCAGAGCAAUCCAAGGGCAGAGGAAAAGGUAAGGAAAUAGACAAUGUAAAAAUUGGAUUAAUGGUCCCUAAGUAGCUAACUACCAAAAGUAGUAUGGUACAAUGGAAAGAGCCCUGGAUUUGGAGUCUUGAGGACGUUGGUUCAAAUCCCAACUAUGCUAUUUGUUACGUGGAUGAACUUGGGCAAAUAAUUUCUUUGGCUCAUUUCCUCAUCUAUCAAGUAAAGACUAUUAUGAGCUGUAAAACCCUUCCUCAAUAUAAAUCUAUAUUUCUAUAAAUACCCCUAAUUCAUCAUGAUAUCAAUUUUCUAGCUCUUUACUAACAUUGUAAUGUGGGUAAAACAUGUAUUUUUAUUUUGGGGGGCAGAAUGCUACAAAGCUCUUAUACAUGUCAAUUACAUUUAGAAAUCAAAACAGAAAUAUGCAUAUUUGUGAGCACUCCUCCAAAUGUUAACAUGAAUAUUCUUUUUUCUAUAAUGAAACAAUUUGAAGAAAUGUAUCCUAGUAAUAUAAAAUUUAUAUACUGUAUAGCACAUUGUAUUGUUUGAUUAUUCAGAUAAAAUCAAGUUUAAUAAUCCAGAAUUAUAAAUCAGUUCCUUGGAGUGGGGGUGAUACUAGCACAUUUUUUACAGCACUAAUUAUUAAGAUAUGCCAUAGCACUAUUAGCUCCUUUUCAGUACACCCUAGUUUAGAUUUUCUCACUUCCAGGGAUCAGAUAGAUAUCGAAAAGGACUAAAGUCAGGAGAUAAUAUUGCAGAAUAUUUGCUUUGAAGUGGCUUUAUUAUGCUAAAGACUGUUCUAUGAAAGGUUUUCUGUUAGGUCCUCAAAAUAGAUCAUGUCAUUUGGGGGCCUUACCAGAAACACCUCCACCUCUCCUGACUAAACACAUCUGUUUCAUUGGAAAUUGGUUUUCCUCCCUAGGUUCAAGGGAAAGAAUCAUUGAGAUGUGCAACUUUCAGCCACACUAGCUUUUACGAUGUCCUAAUUUCUCAUGUCUGUACAGUUUAGGGAAGAAGGGCUAGCUUCUGAUAUUGCAAUCUUUAUGACUUUGCAAUAGUGAAGCAUGACAAAUGUUUAGGUAUUAGAGAAACUUAUUCAUAAACUAUUUUUGCAUUAUUUAAUGAGAAAAGGAAGAACAGCACUUUUUAAAAAUAGAUAACAAUUUUAAACAGAACUAAUUAAAUUCCCUGAGUUUGGGGUCUAUUCUGUUGUCUGGACUUAUUUUUUGGAUUAGCAAACAUUUUCUUUUCCUGUUGCCUCAUGUCUAUUAUAGAUUUCACAAGGUAAAGUCAAGCUUUGGUUAAGAAGAUAGAUGAAACAACAGCCUGGAUUCAUGGAAAGAAGUAAAAGAAUAGCAUUGCAAGUAUUUCUGAGGAAAUAAAAUCCACUGAGAUAAAGCGAAUGACAGAACAAUAUUUUAAAAGGAGAGAAAUAAGAAAAGAAAAGAAAAAGAAAAUGAGGACCUAAAGUGGAUUAACUGAUGGAACAUGAUACCUAAAUUAGCAAAAUAAUGACACCACUCAAAAUGAUAAUUUUUUUCGAUAUACCAAAUGGUUUAUUUUAGAGUUAUUAUUCUUUGAGAUUCACUUUUAGCAUUACUAAGAUUCUUCUUACCUUGAAGGUAACAUUUUCCAGAUAUUUCAUAAUGUUAAUGAUAUCUACACCUUCUCAUCAAAGAGGAAACACCCAAGGAAGGCAUUUGUUUACACUGCUCUAAUAUACACCACAAUUAAUAAUCCUGGUAUACAUGUUCUUCCUUACUGCCUUUAUGAAAACCAUAUGAAAACCAAGCAGUACAAUUAUCUAAAACUAUUCUCCAGAACUUCUGGCCAAAUUUGAUGAGUUUAAAAUUUUAUAUUAUGAUACACUUGAAAGAAAUAGCUUGGGGAAGUUUUUCAAAGCUGAGAAAAUAUACAGAUAUUUUCAUUUUGGUUUCUGAAAAAUACACUUCCACUCAAUAUCCCAAAGAGAAAUUCCUCAAACUUCUCAUUAGUCCCGAAGAAUAGAAGGCUAUGGAAUUGAAGGAAGUUGAACAGGUCCCAAGGAAAAUAAUGAGGAAAGAAUGAUCACAGUAAGUUUACACUGUGAAAAGGAGAAAAUGGUGAUAAUGAAUAAAAAAAAACAGAUAAUUUGGUCUUAUGGUAUACUUCCCCUGGAGUAUAAAAAAAAGGUGGUUUUUUCCCCUAUCUAAGUCUUCCCUAGAAAGUAAGCAGAAGUAUGCAGCUGCCUCCAAUUAGUUUUGUUUUGUUUUAUUUUUUACUUCAUAGAUAGAUAUUUAACAAAAUUCAUGGCCAUCAUACAUUGCCUUGUCAGUAGGGAGAGUUCUUUAGAGGUGGAGAUCCAGUGAUACUGAAAGAGAAACAGCAAGUCUGGGAUGUGAUCCUCCCCCUGAAGCCAACACUUUGGUUUUAUAAAAAUACCAAAUUCUUUCAAUUCCAUGAAUUUCUCAUUUUUUUUCCCAAAUACUUUGCUCUAAACUGGCUUUUUUUCCCAAUGAUAAACUGGAGAAAAAAUUCUUUAAAGUAUAUAUUUGUAUUGAUCCCAUAAAAAUGUAAUGUUUUACACAUGCCAUUCUAUUUCUGAGAGUCAUAAUGCCUUGAAACAUAGCUGUGAGACAUCCAGAUGUAUUCCUUUACUGAGCAAAACUGACAUGCUUAUAAUGACCCUGAAAAAAAAACAAACAAACCAUGUUUUGGAUGUGAGCCACAGAAAUCAAGAUUCAUUGAAUAAUCCUGUCUAUUUUUCUUAUAUGCAACAAUAGAAUAAACACAGCUCUCCAUGAAUGUCUAUUCUGCAGAUAAAUUGGAGAUGGAGUUACCAAUUGGAAAGACUUUUUCAUACUGCCUUCCUGUCUGCAGAGUAAGUUAGAAUGAUAUUCAGUAAACUUUUGAGCACAUGUGCUAUUUUCUUUAACACAGUUAGCUCUGGUUUUAUUUUUUACUUUCAGAAAAUCAUCCUAGUUGAAAAAAACUUUUUUAAUUAAAAAUGGUAUGGCCAUUUCCUUUCUCUUAACAGUCAUACUGUUGUAUAAUAUUUGCCAUAUAUAAUAUCCUUACCUAGGACAUCUACAAAAUAUAAAUGUUUUACAAAUUGGAAUCUGUUGCUUUUCCCACCCUUGUACACUUUUCAUAUUUUUUUUGGUUGUUCCUUAAAUGCUCUGUACAAUCACAUGUAAAACCUCAAUAAAAAAGUCAGUAAACAAA